AUGAAAAAAUUAUCAAAUAAUGAGAAUGACGAUAUCGCUGACAAGGACAGUUUGACAACCAGGCACCUAAAAUUCUCGGUACCUGUAAUGUUUACGGGAUUUGAAAGGAGCAUUUAUAAUCCAAAGACUGAAUGGGCUUGUAAUUCCACCAAAAGCGGUACUUUCCGUAGUGUCAUUAUUUUUGCUGUAGUUGUGAUAUAG